UUAGUCUGCUACAAAACAUCAGUCACUGUUCAUAUGUCAAUAGAAUAUUAAUUUUUUUUUUUAAAUGAGUAAUUAUUAUUACAGUUUUCCAUAGUUUAAACUGUAUGGCCGUAGUGAAUUUACAUGGUAAAAAAGCAGCGAAUAUGGACUCUAAAGAAAACCUUGGAACAACUGGAAAUAUUGUUAGCCAUGAAGCAUUGGACGAGUCCUCGUUUGUAGGAAAUAUACUACGUGAAAUUUUGUAUAGUCCGAUGAACCUAGCCCUUUUAGCAGUAAUAGUCUUUCUUUUAUACAAAAUUGUGCGUGAUCGCACCGAAGUACCAAGUUCCAGUGUUCAGAAACCAACUGUACCAGAACUUCCCAAAAUACGACGCGAUUUAACUGUAAAAGAACUACGACAGUUCGAUGGCAAUCAACUUGAUGGUCGAGUUUUGGUGGCAGUUAAUGGAAAUGUUUACGACGUUAGCAAAGGAAAACGAUUUUAUGGGCCAGGAGGACCCUAUGCUACAUUCGCUGGAAGAGACGCUUCACGAAAUUUGGCAACAUUUAGCGUGGUUUCAAAUGAUAAGGAUGACUUCGAUGACUUAAGCGACCUGAGUGCCGUAGAAAUGGACUCAGUGCGUGAAUGGGAAAUGCAGUUUAAGGAGAAAUAUGAACUUGUGGGCAAGCUGUUACGUAAAGGAGAGGAGCCUGCUAACUAUGAAGACGAUGAUGACGAUGAAAAUAUUGUUAGCAGUGAAGAAACUGUUGCCCAAUCAGUUAAUGUUUUAAACGUCUUGCGGAAACGUCAGUCGGACAAUGUUGCAUCGGAAACAGAAAUUGAUGCUAAAAACACCAUUGCAGUAGAUCAUCACAACAUUAAAGAACAUCAAAAUGCCAGAAGUAACAUUUCAUUUGCCACACCUUCAACCGAAAACAGCCCAUUAGGUGAAUUACCCUUGACCGAUUGUUAGCAAGGCAAAAGCUCACAAUUUUAUAACUGUUUGUAGUUUCAAUACAUAAUCGGAAACCUAAGAAGCAUUCAGCAAAUUUUGCUUUUUUUUAAAUUAUAUCUGUUUUUUUUAAGUUAGAAACAAUCAUAUUUGGUGCAAUGAAAAAAAACUUAAUGAGAUCACUAAAACGGAGCGAUGUAGAGCAUUAUGAAGGUAGACGCACUCAGUGCACGCAUAUGUAUUUUUGUUACAAAUUUAUUUUCGUUGUGUGAUUUUGUUCAAUAGGUACAUUACAAAAAAAAUUUGAUCAUGAUGUCAAGAUCAAGAUUAAAAAAUAUUGAAUCAAAGGGCUUGGGAAAAGUAAUUUAAUAUCAUACAAAUUUAAAAUUGUAUAUAAAUAUUCCAUAUGUGGAUAUGUAUUUAAACAAAAAUCUAUGCAACAUUUUGGUGGGAAUCUAUGUAUACAAGCUAAUCGGCAAUAAAAAUAAAAUUUUUAAUAACCUUAA